GUUCCGGGGUGCUAGCUCUGGCCUGAGGGGCGCAUUCCCGAGUGCUGGCAGUGCGUGUCUGCCGGGUGGUGGGGACAGUGAGGCUCCGAGGGGCAAGUGUCCUCACCGGCCAGGUCUGGCAAGGACUCCGGUCCUAGGAUUUCCCCUCCACCUUACAGUGGAGGGGAACAUCGAGUCUAGGCACAUCGAGAUCUGCCCAGAGAAGCCCCAAGGGGCAACAGCUGAUCACUUUCGCAGCCCCCUAUCCGGGACACGGCCCUGGACCUCUGGCUGGAUCACCUGUCCCCGCGCGCACUGUUCUCCAGCGUUGCUGUGUCCAGCCACCGGCUCUUCCUGGAUGUCUGUCUUCUCAUUUCUAUGGUCUCUUCAAGACCCAGACCCUCAAGGUAUGUGACAGCCAUGCCGGUGGACACGCUGACCUCGGGAGCCUCAGCCACUCCUGCCCUUCCUUUCCGCCUGCGGGCCAAAGUCCCUGGCUACCUGCUGCGGAGGCCAUCGGACGGGGGAGCCCGGAAACCCAGCGCAGUGGAGCGCCUGGAGGCGGACAAAGCCAAAUACGUCAAGAGUCUGCACGUGGCCAACACCCGCCAGGAACCCAUACAGCCUCUGCUGUCUAAACAGCCACUCUUUAGCCCAGGGACUCGCCGAACCGUGCUCACACCCAGCCGCCGAGCCCUGCCUGGUCCUGGCUGCCGGCCCCACUUAGACCUGGACAUCCUUAGCAGCCUCAUCAACUUGUGUGAUAGCCCGGUGUCUGCUGCCGAGGCCAGCCGUACCCUGGGACGGGCAGAGGGAGGCCCCCAGCGCCCCCCAGCCACCCCUCCACGCCCACUGCCCAGUACCACUGCUGUCCGCCGAGUGGAUGUUCGUCCCCCACCUGUGUCGACUGCUGGACUCUGCCCAUCACCAGGCACAACCACGGCCUCCAGCCCAGUCCGGCCACCGGGUCUGCAGCGCUCCAAGUCAGACCUGAGCGAGCGUUUCUCCCGGGCAGCGGCUGACCUUGAACGCUUUUUUAACUUCUGUGGCCUGGACCCAGAAGAGGCCCGGGGGCUGGGGGUGGCCCACCUGGCUCGGGCCAGCUCGGAUAUCAUGUCCCUGGCAGGGCCCAGUGCCGAGCUGGGCAGCUCUGAGGGGGGCUGCUCUGCCCGCAGCUCUGCUACCGUGGAAGAGCGCGCCCGGGAACGGGUCCCCUAUGGCGUGUCUGUGGUGGAACGAAAUGCCCGCGUGAUCAAGUGGCUGUAUGGCUUGCGGCAGGCGCGGGAGACCCCUGCAGCUGAGGGCUAGGCCUGUGUUUGACAUGGAAUUUGCCACAGGACACAUUUUGGACAGGCAGCUGGCCCCUGACUGCUCCUGCAGCAUUCCAUGUCUGGAUAGACCAGAGACCGUCCGUAUGUGAACUUGGUGUAAGAGGCAAAGGCUGCCACCUAGACCAAGAAUGGGGAGGGUUGCUCCUGACCUUGGACCUCUGUGCCCUACACACAAGGUUUCUGACAUGAGGGUACCUCUGCUUGACUCUUCUGGUGAGGCUGCAUUUGCAGUUUAGUCCUUCACCACUGAGACUGAGGGGUCUGGAGACCUACCAAGCCUAUCUACCCAGUGGCUCCAUUUCCUCCUUCCUUCCUUGGCCUCUGUGCUUUGGUGACUUCCUCUUCUUUACUUGGUUGGUCCCUGCCUCCCGGGAACUACCCCUGGGGUGAAAGCAGGGGGAGGGAGCCUGUCUACUGCUCUUCCUGAUCUUUGGCAGCCGGUUUGGGUGGGUAGAUGAUGGGAGGGACUGGUUAGAAGUGUGCACUGCUCUGCCCUUCCUCCCUUGUUAAUAAAUGCAAAUAUUUCUUUCUUAA